AGCGACGUUUUCUUAUUUACUACUACCUGGCCAUGUCUGAAAAAUUCAAGGAAUUCAUUGAGGUCCCUCAACAGUUCAUCCACGAUGGAAACCAGUUCAUAACACGUUGCACGAAACCAAGUCAAAAGGAAUUCACUCAAAUAUCCAAGGCUGUUGCUACUGGCUUCGUUGUAAUGGGAUUCAUCGGGUAUCUUGUGAAACUGAUCCAUAUUCCUAUAAAUAAUAUCCUUGUGGGAGGCGCAUAAUCUACUUUCACUCCUUUUUAUCCAUUGUCCUAGUUUAUUGUAUAAUCACAGGUGGAAAAAUGGCGCAUUCUAUGUACCACUUGGGAAUCCAGAUAUACGUCGCCAGUGUUUGAAAUAUAUGUCAAGAGUGUCCUGUCCAAAACAUACAGGCUAACCCACACCAGACAUGCCAGCUCAUCUGAUGUUCAUCUUCCAUUUCGUGGGUACAGUGAUAGCACUGCCUCGUGGAAGAGUGGUGUCGUGUCCGGCAGGAUGCUUGUGACUUCUGCGGCAUGUUGCAUGCAGUAUGAUCAUCAAAAGUUGAUCCCAGACUUUUAGCUUUGGGAUCACACCAAUGUACUGCAAGUCAUUGCACUCACAGGGCGGCUGCUCUGUGUCUUCGUUACCAUCGAUGCUGGCCGUUUGCGCAUUACCCAUGGGAACCAUAUCGCAACUAAGUCCUUUCUGCAUCCCGAAAACUAUGAAAGAUGCGAACGGCA